AUGGCACUUACUAGUGCUCCGGGUUCUUCUACAAUCUCACUCAUGAGUUAUCAUGUUUUCUUAAGUUUUAGAGGAGAAGAUACUCGAACAAAUUUGACUGAUCAUUUAUACUUUGCAUUACUCCGAAAGGGAGUCGUAACAUUUAGGGAUGAUGAAGAACUUGAAAGAGGACAAGUUAUUUCUGAGAAACUCAUUAAAGCUAUUGGGCAAUCUCUGUUUUCCGUUGUUGUCCUCUCUCAACAUUAUGCUUCUUCCUCGUGGUGUUUGGAUGAAUUGGAAAAGAUUAUGGAAUCCAAACAAAACCAUGGGCAAACAGUUUUUCCAGUUUUUUAUGGUGUAGAUCCAUCUGAUGUACGACGUCAGAAAAACAGCUUUGCCACAGCUUUUGAGAAACACACACGCGUCUUUUCAGAGGAUAAAGUACGAAGAUGGAGAGAAGCUUUAACCAUGGUCGCUAAUUUGUCUGGUUGGGAUACCAGAAAUAGACAUGAAGGAGAAAUUGUCGAAGACAUUGCCAAGUUCAUAUGGAACAAAUUAUGUGAUAAAUUGCCAUCAAGUUUUGAACAUUUAGUUGGAGAUGUGCAAUCAAAGGCAGAGAGGAUAAUCUCCAGUUUAAAGAUAGGAUUGGAUGAUAAGUGCUUCAUAGGGAUAUGGGGUAUGGGUGGGAUAGGUAAGACAACUCUUGCUCGAGUUGUUUAUGAUUCAAUCCGAAAAAAGUUUGACACUCGUUGUUUUCUUGCCAAUGUAAGGGAAGAUUCCAAAAGGGUUGCCUUGGUUGGCUUACAAAAGAAACUUCUUUCUUGUCUUGGACUAGGAGAACCAGAAAUAAGUGACUCCUUUCAGGGACGAGAUGUCAUAAGAAAUUUCUUGUGCCAUAAGAAGGUUCUCAUUGUUCUUGAUGAUGUAAGCCAUAGACGUCAGUUGGAUAAUUUGGCUAGAAAUAAAGAGUGGUUUGGUGCAGGGAGCAAAAUAAUAAUAACUACUCGAGAUAUACAAUUAUUGACACAGUAUGAACAGUUUGAAGCAUAUGAAGUGGGGAGGUUAAGUGCAGAUGAGUCCCUUAAACUCUUCUGUCAGAAAGCAUUCAAAAAAGACGAGCCAAACCGAAGUUAUUUGGAUUUGUCCAGAGAAGUAGUUGAAUAUGCCAGUGGACUUCCUUUGGCACUUGAAGUCUUGGGAUCUUUUCUUUGUAGGAGAAAGCAAUCUGAAUGGAGAGACACAUUAGAAAAACUGAGGCAAAAUUUACAUCAUGAUAUUUUUAAUCAACUUCGCAUCAGUUAUGAUGGAUUAGAAGAUGAAGAGUACAGGAGAAUGUUUCUAGAUAUUGCAUGUUUUUAUAAUGGGGAGGCCAAAUCUAAGGUCAUAGGUAUAUUGAAAAUAUGUGGCCUUCAUCCAAUAAUUGGAAUUCAAGUUCUUAUAGAAAAAUCUUUGCUAGGCAUCCAGCUUGAAUCUAGUUUAGAUUCAAGGGAAAUUGCAGAAGAUCAUCAUUAUAUGCCAGAUGUUCUUAAAAUGUUGAGAAGGGACAUUUUCUUGCCAACAGAUUUCUAUGACACGUUGCUUCUUGAUGCUUCCAAAGAAUGUCUACAUAUGCACGAUUUGCUUCAAGAGAUGGGAAGAAGCAUUGUUUUGCAAGAAUCUCCUGGUGAUGCUAGUCGGCGCAGUAGAUUGUGGGUUUUAGAGGACAUUGAUCUUGUGUUGAAAGGAAAUAGGUCUUUGGGUAAGCUGAGGAUCAUUGAUUUGAGUGAUUCUGAUGACCUAAUAGAGACUCCAGAUUUCUCUGCAACACCAAAUCUGGAAGAGUUAGUCCUUACUCAUUGCAGCAACCUAGUUCGGAUUCAUGAAUCUGUUGGACAGUUAAAGAAGUUGGUUAAGCUACGUGUGGGAUAUUGCAUAAAUCUUGUAACUCUUCCAAGUUAUUUGGAAACAAAUAAUCUAGAGGAGUUUGUUCUUGGUGGAUGCAUAAAUCUUCAGAAACUUCCUGAAUUUGGCAGAAAUAUGGCAAAUCUAUACUUCUUGGAUGUGAGGAGCACUAGAAUCAAGAAGAUUCCUUUAUCCAUAAUUCAUUUAAUAAAUCUCAGAUAUUUAGAUGUGAGUGAUUGCAACAUGCUCAAGUCAAUGCCUGAGCUCCCUCCAAAUUUGAUCAUAUCUGGAAGCUAUUGUCCUCUGUUGAAGCUUACGACAGCUCUCGUACACCUAUACGACUCGCAUGUCUUUAAGGUUUCAUAUCUAUCUCUUCCUUCGUUUCUCAUACAUUUUUUUUAA